AUGGCCAACGUAAUUAGAGAUUCAUUUAUUGGGCAGUUGCUCCGAAUUGCCAGCGGGAAUCGAGUCUUCCUUUAUCCAGAAGAAAAACCUGGUUUCAGAUGGGCGCCUUUGGAUGAAUUACUUGCAAAAAAAUAUAAUGAAAACCCCGAAGAAGUCGCUGAUGGGAGCGUCAAAAAUGAUGUUGAAUCAGUGAGCGACAGUGGAGACAAAGAUACUGAGAAAGAGGACACUGAAAGACACUUCGCACCCCUAACUACAAUUCCAACAGCUGAAGACGUUGCAUUGCGGAGAACAAGCACGGCACGAUCCCAUAUCAGUCGCUCCUCGACCAGACCUUAUACUCGAGAGCGUUUCGAUGCGGAACAGGCGAUUGCUGCAGAAAAGACAACGAGCAUAGUGCUUGCGCCAACAAAAACAUCUGAUGGCACCAUCCUAGUGGAUUGGUAUACCACGGAUGAUCCAGAGAAUCCACAAAAUUGGUCCCUCGGGAAGAAAUGGAUUGUGAUGCUGCAAAUGGCCGCAUAUUCUAUGGCCGUAUACGGUUCUUCAUCUAUGUAUGCACCUGCUGAGGGUGGAGUGAUGCAGGCCUUCCAUGUAGGUCCCACUCCCGCUGCUCUCGGACUGGCUAUGUACGUGAUUGGAUAUGGUGUUGGUCCAUUACUUUGGGCACCAUUGAGUGAAAUCCCAGCAAUCGGACGAAACUGGGUCUACGCACCGACGUAUUUCCUCUUCGUGAUUCUUUCUAUUCCCACAGCAGUAGUGAACAAUUAUGCUGGACUCCUUGUUCUCCGCUUCCUAACUGGUUUUUUUGGAUCUCCUUGUCUCGCGAAUGGCGGCGCUUCUAUUGGCGAUAUCUUCGGACUCCUUGAUAUACCUUUGUAUUUAGCCACCUGGACCGUCGCGUGCUUCUGGGGACCUGCUAUCGGCCCAGUCAUAGCAGGCUUUGCUGUGCAAGAAAAAGGUUGGAGAUGGGGACUUUGGGAAAUUUUAUGGUUAAAUGCUGUAAUCAUGGUCAUUUUCAUAUUUUUCUACCCAGAAACCUCCGCCGACAAUAUCCUUCGCCGCCGUGCAGAGCGCCUACGCAAGUUGACAGGGAACCCAAAUAUCAAGUCUCAAUCCGAGAUCAACCAAGCACAGAUGAACGCCAGAGAGGUUGCCUAUGAUGCCCUCAUCAAGCCGGUGGAGAUAAUGUUGAAGGACCCUGCAGUCGCAUUCACGAACCUAUACACCGCUUUGACUUAUGGUAUCUACUACAGCUUCUUCGAAGUUUUUCCUCUUGUUUAUCCAAAAAUCUACGGGUUCAACCUUGGCGAAACUGGACUUACGUUUUUGACAAUUGGUGUUGGCUGUGUUAUCGGAGUGACCACUUUCCUAGCAUAUCAGCUCGUCUAUCUGAUUCCUGAUAUCAAGAAGAACGGGUUGCGUGCACCAGAGCACCGUCUAGUUCCAGCCUUGUUUGGAGUGGUUGCACUGCCGAUCGGGUACUUCAUGUUCGGAUGGACUGCCCGCCACGCUGUCCACUGGAUUGUCAGUUUGAUCGGCGUAACCAUCCUAGUUUUCGCGAACUUUUGGAUCUUCCAGAGUAUCUUUGUGUACUUGCCUCUAUCCUAUCCAAGAUAUGCUGCUUCACUCUUUGCCGCCAACGAUCUUUCCAGGUCUUCGCUUGCUGCGGCAUGCGUACUAUUCUCAAGGCCGAUGUUCGUCAAUUUAGGAAUCGGUGGAGGGGUCAGUUUGCUUGCGGGUUUAAGCUGCUUGGGUAUUAUUGGUAUGUUCUAUCUCUGGAAGUAUGGUGCAUGGCUGCGCAGCAAGAGCACUUUUGCAGAAAGCUACUCAUAA